CGUAAAGCCGGCAAGCCAAGCCAAUCCGACGCGAUCCAAUCCGUCUGUCUCAAGAUGGACGACGACAGCUCGCUUGACACUCUGUUGGCGCGGGCGACGAACCCGCUAUGCCGGGAGCUGGACAUGGAUGCGGUGCAGCAACUGUGCGAGCGCAUCCUGCUCGAACGGGACGGUUCCCAUCAGGCAUUGCGUUUUCUCGCCCACAAGAUCCAGUCGCCACAGGAGAGGGAGGCCCUGCAGGCACUGCUGGUGCUGGAGGAGUGUGCCAAUCGGUGUGGGGCCAAGUUCCAAGAUGAGCUGGGAAAGUUUCGCUUCCUCAACGAGCUCAUCAAGGUGGUUUCACCCAAGUACCUGGGCAACCGUGCCUCCCAGCGGGUCAAGCAGAAAAUCAUCGAGGUGCUGUACCGCUGGAGCAUUGAAAUGAAGCACCAUGCCAAGAUUCAGGAGGCCUACCAAAUGCUGAAGCGCCAGGGUGUCAUUGCUGUCGAUCCCGUCUACGUCAUCGAGGAUUACGAGCCAGGCCCCGCGCCAGCACCCAGGUCCCAGAGUGCUGUCUUCGAGGAUGAAGAGAAGUCACAGAUGCUGCAGAAGCUGCUGCAGAGCAAGAACCCCGAAGACCUGCAGGCUGCCAACCGGCUCAUCCGCAACAUGGUCAAGGAGCAGGCGGAUCGGCGCAUGGAGAUGCUGGCGCGGCGCACGACGGAGAUAGAGACGGUGCAUAAUAACGCCAAGGUGCUGAAGGACAUGCUGGCCAACUACCGUCCAGGGGAGAGCUCCGCAGAGGAGCAGGACCUCAUGAAGGAACUGUUUGAGAGCUGUGAGCGCUUGCGUCCCAAGCUGUUCCGGCUGGCUGGAGAGAUGGAGGAAAAAGACGAAGGGCUCAACGAGAUCCUGACAGCAAAUGACGAGCUGACGAAUGUGAUCAACAUCUACAAGAAGACCAUGGGGCUCGAGCCAGCUGUCAACGGAGGGAGUUCCACCACCGCCUUUAACGACACCCACGCUGCAUCAACUGCGCCAGUUGCUGUUGCGGCUGCUGGCUCCCUGCUGGACCUUGGCUCCCCGGGACCCGGUGUUUGUGAGGAACCCAAGAAAGGCCCUAUCGACCUCAGCCUGCUUGAUGACCAACUACUUGCGCUUGGCAUAGGUGAUCCGGGCCCUCCGACUGCGACCAGUAGCAUGGCAGAUCUGGGCUCGCUCUUCUCACCGGGGCUGCCCCAGGGUAGUGCAAACGCCGGUGCUGGGGUUGCGGGGGCUGCCCCGUUUGCGAGCUUUGGGAAUGCCGUUGCCCCGUCGCGGCUGCCAGGUUACUCCCCCUCGCACCAGGCGGUGUCGCAGCCCACGAUGCUGGCGCCCAGCACUGCGAGCGGCCUGCUGUCCUCCCCGCUGCGGCCGACGCCCUCUUACAUUCAGCAGGGGAACCACAUGAACAACAUUGGCAGUGGGAGCAGUAACAACGCCACCACAGGUGGAUCUCUACUGAGCAAGUCACGCGGCCUGGAAGAACUGGAUGCCCUGGGCCAGUCCCUGAUCAAGCAGGCUCUGCCGCAUAACCCAGGCUCCCAGGGAGACUUCCCCACAACGCCACAGAAGAUUCCGCUGAACCAGAUAUCACGGUCCCUGCUGCCGGCUGCGAGCUCCAGCAAUGUUCAGGCUUCGGCAGGAGUCUUCCAGUCUGUGAAUGUUGGCCCAAAGACGCUGCCCCUUGGACCAUCUAUGCUCGCCCCCAUGGAGGGGCAUCCGCCGGGCUCCCCUUCUAAGAUGGCCACAGAUGACAUGCUGAACAACCUGUUUGUGCCCCUGGAGCAGAUUCAGCCUGGCUCACAAGCGCCACUGAACCUCCAUGAGCAGAAUGGGGUGCGCGCGGUGGUACACAUCGCACGAAACCGCCCCCAGGAGCACGUGUCCGUGCUUGUCGUGUCCAUCACAAGUCAGAGCAGCCUGCCUGUCCGCCGGAUUGCCUUUCAGGCAGCUGUGCCCAAGACGAUGAGGAUCAAGGUGCAGUCACCCUCAGCCACUGAGCUACCACCUCACAACCCCAUCCUGCCAGCUGCUGCCAUCACCCAAGUCAUGCUAAUUGCCAACCCCGCCAAAGACAAGGUACGCCUGAAAUACAAGCUGAGCUACACAAUUGAGGAAGAAAGCCACACAGAUUCCGGAGAAGUGGACUGCCCCGUGGACACAGCUGUUGCUGCCACCUCAUGAUGAUGACAGCUGCUCGACAUAAGACCUGAGGACGCCACCACUGCUGCUGGUUGACGACGAUACCAUUGCUGUAACACAAACACACACCUGCAUCUGCUGUGCUUCCACUUCAGCAGCCUUUACAAGUGCCAUCACAUGGUCCCACCUACACCAAUUUUGCAGUGCUUCUUCUAACUUCUUGCGUGCCAUCUAUCCAAAAAGCUUUUUUAAUGCCUGCACCUGGCCUUUCAUUUUAAACCAAUCGAUGGUGGCUCCCUCUUGCCUUCAUGUCAUCUGCUCUAGGUUGUGGUGUCAGCUGGGUGUCGUCUGCCGUUUCUCUUUGAUGCAUAUGGAAAUCUGACAAAAUGCUAUGCUCCCUGUGGCUUGAUCCUUGUCUCAUGUUGUCUGCAAAUUGCAGCACCUGUCAUGAAGCUGGUGUGAUUCGGAGCCAUCAAAUACAGUAGAUUUCUCUUGUAACUGUUGAAGAGAACAAGGAUGGCGGGUUGGAGCUUAUGACUACAAGGGGAAACAACAAUGCCACACUUCAGGCACAGAAAGUGUGUGAUCAUCUCUGAGAACAGAUGGUUGAGCAGACGACGCUUGGAUUUGCUGUGUUGCAGGUGGGCAUACCAGGCUCUGAAGUAGCCUAGCUGCAGAAGCCAUUUUCAAUAUCUGUUGGCAUCUUGGCAAUGGUAGUAAUUGCCUGUGCAUGUUAGGGGACGGGUGGUUGGGACAGUUGCUCAUCAGCGCCACGUUUUCCUUUCCUCUUCUUUUAUUUUUUGUAUGUCCUCCUGGUGCACAGGUGUUCUCAAAAAACACCACAUAAUGCGCAUGCAGUAUACUUAAAGGCGUGACUGUGUUCUGAUUCGCUGGAUGGUGUCAUUGUUUUUUGGUGAGUGCAGUCUGUGCACGAGCUUGAUACAUGUAAGAUUUUGCUUAGGGAAACCUUGAUUACCUUGUGAAUUGAGUGCAUUUGGGCUAGCACCAGCAGGAUGUGAUGCAUGCCAAACUGGGGUAAAGAAAGGAAUUGAUAAUUAGCAGUCUAGCUGUGUUGCUUUAAAGUCUAUCAUAUUAGGAGAGUUGCACUGAUUUGACAAGCCUGUAUUGAAAGCCUGUACCAAAACGUAAUAGGGCUGUUGUUUUCGCUUGCUCUUAGGAAGCUUUGUUUUUUUCAACCUCAAGGCUGGCCUUACAUGCUGGCAAGGUUUUCGUGUUAUGCGGUUCUGACUUCUUGCCUCGACAUAUUUGUCCACAGUAUGCUGUCGUAACAAGUGUGGUCUGUUGUUUCAGUGCCUUGAAUCGUGUGUACUCAAGGAGCUUUUAACCAAGAUGACCAACAUUUUUGUUGUAGGAUCAACUGUAAUGAUUAACAAGCUAUUUAUAGGCAGGUCUGCGUAAAUGCAUUUCCCGCUUGCAUGCUUCACAUGAGAAAUUCAGCAUGGUUUUCUUUUUAAACAAAAGGAAAGAAGAAAUUACUGAUGUUUUAAGUAGACACAGUUCCUUUUAUUGUUGGGCAGAAAAUUAAACACAUGGGAUUGCAUCAUAAUGUGACUGCUGCAUAGGUUUAGAGAUUUUGAUCACACACUAAAAGCUUUUAUUCAAACGUCAAGAAAGUUUGAUGUUAAUUUGUUAGUGUGGGAGAGAUUGAAGUAUUGCAAAUAGGAACUUUCCACUUUCGAAGUACUGUGAACAAGCUUUAAUUUAGGCCUAACUUAAAAGUUAGGCCUAAACCUAAGCCUAACUUAUUUGGAAGAGUUAUUUAUUUACCCACAUGCAACACGUGUUGCCUUCUUUGAAAAAGUGGAGAAGGCUGUAUGUGCGUUAAGAUCAAAUGCUGAACAGAAACCAUUUGAGCACAGUUAGUUUUCUUCCUCACUGCAAAAACAGUGAAUGCAUUAUAAAAGAGGAAAGAAAGGUGCAUGUCAGAAUUGGGCGAAUGCUGUUUAUAAUGUGCACUGUUUGUGAGAGUAUAUAAAAUUACAAUGUAACAGUGUUUUUCACUGUUCUCUACAAGAGUCAUAUCUGUAUAUGUGGCGGUUGGUGUGUAAAAGGAGCCCUCUGAGCUGAGGUAGCAUGUUUAGAAAAACGUGUGCAAACCUGUCACAUAUCUUACAAGGGCAGAGAAGGUAGCUAUGAGUGUACGUUGUGUCCACUAAACUGUGCUCUGGGGCCUUUUUCACAUGUUGCAUAAUUGUAUCUGUGAAGGAGGGCGAUAAAGACGACACACAUUGGAGUAGCGGACCGCCAGCGCACUUACACAGCCUACAGCUGACAUUGCAAAAUCGAAUGAACUAUCGGAUGCCUUUAACGCGAUCCUCGAGGUUACUGUCGAGUGCUGCUCAGUCAGCCAGUGAUGUUUUUUUUUUUCUUAUUUGUUUGUGGUGGUCAGAAAACUGCUUUGUGAAAGUGAGUAGAUUCAUGAACACCAGAUUCAUGACAGAGCAGCAACAUUGUCAUGAGAGCAAGUUCAGCAACCCCAAUGUGAGCUUGUAGAAGGCUGCUUGAGUUUUUUUAUCUGUAGUGCAGACUUAAAGUGGCGGUUCCACUGAAGUAGCUCCCAUCUAUUUUACCAACAUACAGUCUUGCGCAAGGCUUCUUGUAUUCUGAUGGGCUGACAUUGCCAGCAGCUCUGGCUUGACUGUUUUAUUCUGUUUAAAGGCCAACUGCAACAAGGUUUUGGACCAGAUAAAAAACCUGGCUUCAAUUUGAAAUGAGAGUGGUUAUGUGACCAAAAAGCUUGCAAAAGUAGACAUUUUUUAUACCAAAACUGGAAAAAAAAAUUCCAUUGCCACUCACCAGGACUAAUAUAUGACCCGAAACAUCCAGAACCAGCACAGCUCCUGGGCAUGAACUCUGAGAUUAUGUGGCGCAUGUGGCAUGCUGAAACAUUUCAGAUAAGAAAAUUAUACCAUUACCAGUCGUGCAGAUUUGCCAAGAUUGCUUCAAUAGUAUAUCAGUAUUACCCACACAUUGCCCAAUUAGCCGGAGUGAGAUUUCGUUGCACUUGGCCUUUAUAAAGGAAUGGAGGAAACCCUGUAGUCUAGAGAGAGAUUUCGUGUGUUUCCUAGUGUUGGGUGGCAGUUUCUUCGAAAUCAGCCAAUAACAAUGCUAAGCCAACGAUGACUCAUGCUAAGAACUCCAAUAGCCACUUGCUAUGUCUUUAUCAGUUUUGGAAACUCGAUGGUCACAAUUAGAACUUAGUUGCAGGGCUGCGACAUGGAUCAAUUCUUAAUCCCAUAUUCCAGAAUGUCCCUCCACUCAACGCUUCACCUCCUCGACUCAGGAAAGUGGAUGGCAGCGCUGCCCUGCAACUGAAGUGGUUGCUGCAUGUCAGUGACACCCCACAGCGAUCCCCGAGGAAAAAAAAAAAUUGUGCCCAGAUGCUCUCAGCAUCUACUGAAAAUGCACCUUCAACUCCACAAGCUACUCCUCGUCAUGGGAAUCAUUGAGGAGUGCAGUUGAAGCUGAGCGCUUGCUUCAACCAAAGGGCAGCGCUGCGCUGCGCUCAGUGGAGUCAAAGAAGCGCUUCGCAUCAGGGCUUGUUUCAGAACACAGUGCCCGCAGUUGAGUGGAGCCACUGCUGAGGAUGAAACAAAAAGUAAUUACGCAGACAGAAAGCUGUAGUUAAAAUGGACUUGCCAAACUUCAAUUCGUAUUUGCGUCUGGUGAACAGAGCAUUCCUGGAAGUGCACAACAUGCAUUUGUUAAACACGAGUGCAAUUUAGGGGCCCUACAGUCUAAUUUCACUGUACACGUUAGGCAGCUGACAGAUGUCCCCUUGGGCUUCCUCACAGAUGUCAAACGUUUGCCUAAAGAUCAGCAUUCAAGAGAAGCCUGGUGUCAUGUGUUGUGAGUUCAAGGUCGUUUGCACGUUUAGCAAAGAACAUCCUAGAAGUGGCAACUUGGAAUUGGCAGUAGGUUAAUGGUAUCAUGGUUGCAUUAUCCUUGUAGUAGGAGGCAUUCAGUUCCAGGAUGAUUGCAUUGCCUUUCAGUGCGGCAUUUGUUGCAGCUGUAUUUGUGCAGCUUUUAAUAUUGAACUAGGGGCUGUGCAUUUAAUGUACUAAGCACUGCAUUGUCCUGGCGGUGCCUUUAAUUUUUUUUUUGUGCUCACAUUAUGCAUUGUGCAAAACAGCUCUAAAGAAAGAGGUAGGUUGAGAAAGAACUGGCAAGAUCAAGCUUGUAAUUUAUUUCUGGGCCAUCUCUUUUUAACGUUGCUUUGCAUCACAAUUUUAUAAAAUGAACUGGCUCACCUGUCAAUGUUAUCAUUUACUGUGCUUGUUGAAUUAGUGAGAGUGCCUGCAUGUCUAGUUUAUGUCCAGGAAAAGGAAUAUGCAUUCCAAGUCGCUAAGACAUAGGGUGCUUUGAGUUUAGUGGUUUAACUCUGUGACUUCCUCUCUGCAAGCACAGUAAAGUUGCUGUUGGGAUUUUGGGAAGUUUUUGCAAAGAUAGUUUCUACAACUGACAUGGUAUGUUGUGAAUGCUUGCAGAUGAUGAGGCUCCUUUUUUGUUUUUGUGCAAAUUGAGAAAUUGUGCAAAAGGAAUGUCAUCGUUUUUUGUCGAUAGAACAUGUACUGUUUUGCCUAUACCUCUUGGGCUGUACGAAGGACAAUGAGAAGACCUUGUUGAGGGUAACAGAAUUAGGUGCCGCGCAUAGGCAUGCACAUUCAUCGCAGAACAUUAAUCGUAACUUCUCGACCAUUCUUGGAUGAGGGCCUAUGCUCGUGGCCACCAGCAGUGUAAGGAGGACAGAAUCCUCUCAGAAUUUUAUUUUGUGCUUCCAGUAUUUAUUUGCAGUACUUGUCUCCUUGUGUUUAGUGUAGGUGUUGGAAGAAGCAAUAGAAAGUGCCAGAGAAUUUGUUUUUGUCUUUGAAUAUGCAUUUUCUUUUGCUAUAGACUUUGGCAGGCAUCUUAGGAUGGUAUCUGCACAGCUUGUGAGAGAUCAAUAGUGAAACACUUCAUUGAAAUUUAGACUUUGCUGCUGGAAAAGUAAUUCAAGUUAAAUUGCUCCAAGUGCCUACGACUAGACAUGUUGACACAAACGUGUGCGUGCUGACAGCAUAGCAUACACGUUCCUCUCGAGCUACAUCAUGACAUUGCACCGAGUAUUAAUUUUGCACUAGAAGUAUUGUCAAUACUGCAUGCCGGCUCGCGUAUUCUUUACCGUGCAACACAAAACAUACAAGCCACCUGCACCACAUUGCCCCAAAAGUUUUUUUUUUUUUUUGGUUCUCUGAACAGGAAUGUUUGGAGGCUAAGUGGGACUGUACUCUGGCACAAGGAGUGAAGAGGUGAAACUAGACCAUGAUCAUUGUCACCUUUCAAAAAAGGUUUCAUCGACAAGACAUUAAGCCACAAAGCUCUUAGAAAAGUAGCUUCUUUUUAUUAAUGACAGAUUGUCUUAAUGACAGAAGAACUUGUAUGGUUUGGUAAUCCAGCAGAACGGAGCUUAUAUAUUGUUCUCAGUGGCCACUGCUGAAUGCGUGCUUUCUUCAAGACGAGUGCUGCUGUUGAAUCAUGUGAGAACACUAUCACAAAAAGGAAAGGCACUCCUCUGUCUAGAUCAGGUGGUAAUAGCGCUUCACACGUGUGAGGUACUGACAUAAGUGCCCUGUAACUGAUGCUAGCCUAUGUGGCUGGCUUUAGGUUGUAGAACAGAUGAAAUGGAAUGUUAAUGUUGCAUGGUUAGCUACUGCUGUGACAUCGUAGAAGGCCUGUACUUCUUCAGGUCCGCGCACAUGUCUGGACGGGCAAACAUGCAGUUUGCUUUGGCACACUGCAGUUAGUGCAGUGGGAGGAAGGAAGCAUUCCAUACCACUGGGAUAGGGGACACAUCAAACUUUGAGCUAGUCAUGUCUCCGUUGAGGGGAAACUACUACUACCUAGGGUAUUGCAAUUGAAAAGAAUGGAUGCCUCUUUUUCUUGUCUAUGUGAGUGUUCUUGUCAGUCUGUGUGUGUAUGUCUGCUACUAUAUUUUUCUUGCUGCUCCCUCAACUUACACUCCAGUCGCGUAUAUUAUAUUUUUCUCCUCUCCUCCCUUGUAAAAUACACUCCCUGCUUCUCUCUCACCUGUUUGUUGAAAAGAAUAAACGGUUUAUAAGCACA